UUCAGUGAACUGUACACAGCAUACGCAAUUAUGCAAAUAUUUUAAGGUCACGCAAUGUGGGCAAGGCUCUGGUUUCGUUAUUCAGUUACUCUAUACCCCUACAUCAACAUACGGCAUUGAAAUACGAGCUGCGCGACUGUUAAAACAAACGACAAUCAAUCAAUGGUAAUCGUAACCCGAUACUUAUACCUGCAGUAUUUUUUAUCUUUAAUACGGUUACACAGUCACACACUCACAGGAAAACGCGAGCAAAGUAUUCAGAGCAUUUGCAUUAUUGUCAUCGCGUGCGUGUUUUCGAAAAGUCGCGCAAACAUCUGCUAACCUAUAUACCCUAGAAAGCAAACAGUAGCGGCGCAAGUUUAUGGCGAAACAAGUGCGGCCGCCGCGGUGGUUUGAUCGAUAAAGGAGUGAAAAAGAUGAAAGUAAAACUGGAAGGUGCGUGUUCUCGAACGGCGGGGUAGGCAACAUUACUCACAGUCGCCGCACACCGCACACGGCCGCUGUGCUCGCCGCAGUGUGAAUUGUAAUCAAGCGGAAUCCCAUUUCCUAGUUACUAUAGCAAUAGUAGACCAGUCGGACUGGUAGAUAUUAUGCAUGGGAAGCUACACGAUUUACAUUUACUGCUGCCGCGAGUAGGGAAGAGUAGUGUGUAGUGCGCGCGGAGUGUGCAUCAGUGCGCGGUAUGUCAGUGUCGCGAUAAUAUUAUAAACACACGCUGAUUGCGAUCCAGUGCGGCGAUUGUGCAAGUGUUUACAUCCGAUGUGCUGGCGUGAUCUCUUUCGGCGGAGAUGAUUUAUAUCACAUAAUAUGAGCGAGAGGAAGUUCGCGAAGGGCUUGUCCAAGCCGGGCACGGCCGCCCAGCUGAGGGAGACCGUGUCGCAAGUGGUUCGCGAAACAACCGUUCAGAGUAAACCGCAGUUUGUGGAGCCUUUGGACUUUGAGAAUUUUAUUCAGAAGAAUAAAACUGUUCUGCAGAAUGAUCCUCAGCGGGAGUUGCUCAUGUAUCCACAGGAUGACAUAUCGCAAGUGGUUGUGCCAAGAAAGUUCCGAACGCUGAAACAGACCAUCCCCGACACGCAACACUGUAAUCUCUUCACCAAACAAUGCAUACUCACGUAUUCACAGGACUGGAAUGUUGUUCACUACAAGUACAACGGUUAUUCGGGCAGUUAUGUGGACCUACCGAAUGCCAAGGCGUUAGAAGGUCUUCAGGAAGACUAUUUCGAGAUAGAUUUAGAGGCGGAUGCGCACUGUGACACGAAAAAACCCGCUGAUUGCAUCACAAAAGAAGGAUAUCUCAUGAAGGGACCAGAAAUUGGCUCAGAGCGCAUGUUUGCGCACAUAGGCUCCAAGAGUUUCAAGCGUAGGUAUUGUUAUCUUCGCCAGGAAGUCGAUGGCACUUAUAUGUUGGAGAUUUACAAAGAUGAGAAGAAAGGCGAGGCUAAAGUUACGAUUGUUAUGGAUUUUUGUAAAGAUGUAGUGAAGAAUUCGCGCAAAGGACGAUUUUGUUUCGAUUUGUUGAUGACGGGUGGACAUAAGGGGUAUGUUCUUGCAGCGGAGAACGAGAAUGACUAUCAUGAUUGGUUGACGAAGUUAAGUUCAGUUAUUCAACAGAAUAUUCAAGAAGAAAAGAGAUCUGCAUCGUUAGAACGAGAUCGUUCAUCUCCUCCACCACAACCACCAAUCUCAAGUUAUGGUACUCUCAAAGGAUUGGAACACAGCAUGAAUCCACAAUUAAUAAGAUACGCUCGUGAAACAGAUCUUUCGAUUGCGCAUGCGCGCAAGGAAAACCGUCGGCAACUAAUGCAGCUAUACCCGCAGAUUCAUUCCAAUUUAAAAUCGCAGACAUCUAGUCAGGAUAUAGUCGAACCCUACAAGGAAACUUUCGGGCAGCGAAUAUUUAUGCGUUGCGACUCGUUGAGAUUUAAGUUGCAGACUGUGCUUGAUGACGGUCAAGCGAAUCCAUGUCAAAUUGAACCGUACUAUACUACGCUGUGUUUAUAUGAUGCGCGGAACGGCGUUAAACUAACCGAGAAUUUUCAUUUUGAUCUUAAUGAUAGCACAGCGCGUGUUAUGAUUCCGAACGGGGUGAAAGCACCGGCAACUAGUGAAAUUGAUCUUCCUGAAAAGCUGCAUGAGUGGGUUUUGUAUCCUAGGCAGGCGUUGUUUAGCGUUACGAAUCCGCAUUGUGAUAUUUUUAUCGUCGUGCGCAUCGACAAGGUGCUGCAGGGUGGCGUUUGUCAAGCUUCCGAACCGUACAUCAAGCCUUCCAAGGAUCCGAAGAGCACUGGUAAGGUGCUCAAGACGAUUAUUUCUUGUUGCCAACGAUUGGUUAAGUACAGAAUGCCUUUUGCAUGGGCAGCCAAGCCUUUAUACAGGUUGUAUAGUAACGAAUUAGAUACUUCGAGUGAUUUUCCUGCCAUCUACAGACAGGAGAGCAACAAAAUGACUGAUGAAGAACUGUUGAGAUUACUCUCCGAGUACCGCAAACCCGACAAAUUCAGUAAACUGACUGUGAUACCCGGACACUUGAAAGUGAUAAUUGAACCGGUGGCGGAAUUGCCAAAUAAUUGUUUAAACACAUCCCUAGCACCAAUCAAACCGUUUCCAAUACCUCCGAAAGUCGAGCCCACACUGGAGGUGACCGAAUUCGAGCGCAAGCCCGACAACAACACCGAAGUGACCAUUCAUCCAUACACAACGUACGUGAAUCACCUGUACGUUUACCCACUUGUUCUACACUUUGACACGCAGAAGAUGUUUACGCGCGCGCGGAACAUCGCCUGCAUCGUUGAGCUGCGCGAUUCUGAUACUGAGGACGCAAAGGGUCUGCAAUGUAUUUACAGUCGUCCUGGACAUGCGCCGUUGGUAACUCAAGCAACUUGUGUUGUUUUGCAUCAUAACACCACGCCAACUUGGUAUGAAGAAAUUAAAAUUUGUUUGCCGAUUCAUUUACAAGAGAAGCACCAUCUUUUGUUUACGUUCUAUCAUGUCUCUUGUGAUGUGAACAAAAAACGCGAGACCAUUGAAAGUAAUGUUGGCUAUGCAUGGCUGCCUUUGCUGCAGAAGGGUAGAUUAUGUCUUGAAACUGAAGCGAUUUCGCAGACGAUAUCGCAAACCAUCGCGGUUGCUAGUCAUUUACCAGCGGGUUAUUUGAGUAUUCAACCGUUUGGACUUAAUAAAGGGCAGAAUUCCGGACCGGAUAUAACAUGGAUCGACGCACAACGACCGAUUUUCACCGUUUGUUUAAACCUGGUAUCAAGUGUGAACACACGUGAUAAACACUUGUUUAAUUUAUUCCUACACGCGGAAAAAUUGCUUGAUAUCAAACCAACUAACAUCCCCUCUGAUACAGAAACAUGUAAAGUUUUGAAAGCCCUGCAUGCGAUUGAUGCUACUUCACUCAUAGCUUACUUGCCUACACUGUUCAACCAACUGUUUGUUUUACUCGUGCGCACGACAAGCGAAGAAGUUGGGAUGAACAUCAUUCGUCUACUAAUUAAUUUAGUGAUGAUGGUGAUACACACUGCGCGCAGGAAGGAGGUGCUGCAAACAUAUGUGAAACACGUGUUUGUCACACCAGAGGGAAAGAAGAAUCAGACUGUGCAUGAAGAGAUGUGCAAGUAUUUGCCAGCGAUUCUCCAACCGAGCAACACGGAUUUUUUGGUUGUUAACUAUUUCAUGCAACAUUCGCAUUUCUUCUUGUUUGAAAUCAUCACGAAAAGCAUGGCACAGCAUUUACUUCGCAGUGGGAGGAUUAAAAUGCAUCGAAAUGAGAGAUUUCCGGCUGAAUAUCUCAAACAAAUCGAAGAUUUGAGUAAGGUUUUAGAAGAAUAUAUCUUUGAUAAACAUAAGGAGUAUCUACAAGAGGUUGCCGCGCUUAAUAUGAGUUUUGCUCAAUUUUUAAAGAAAUGUCUGUCGUUAAUGGACCGUGGCUUCGUGUUUAAAUUGAUAAACGCGUAUGUAAGUAGAUUCCAGCCGGGUGAGAGGUCUCUGCAAGAACUCAAGUAUUCUUUUUUGACCGUGAUAUGCAGUCAUGAGCAUUAUAUCGCGUUUAAUCUUCCUAUUUCUCAUACGAGUAUUAGCCCGAAGGCAAAGUCGCCUGAUUUUCUGCAAGAAUAUUGUCUUUCACAAGAAUUCUGCAGACAUCAUUUUAUCGUCUCGUUGCUUCUUCAAGAAGUGAAAACAUCGUUGAAUGAAUUAUCGAAUACGAGAAAAUUAGCACUGAGUACAUUGAGAGAUCUGAUUGCUAAGCAUGAAAUGGAUGAUCGGUAUCAGACCAAGGGACAAAUGUCUCGAAUUGCGCUGAUUUACGUACCUUGGUUGAAUAUUGUUUUGGAUAACAUGCAUCGCUUGAUUGCUGAUGACAAAAUGGAGGAGUGCAGUUUGGCAGGCAAUCGAAUAUCAACUUCUAGUAGUUAUUUGUUCAAGAGUUCGGUGAGUGACACACCGAGUCGGCAUAGAUACACUUUGCAUUUCUCGGAUAGCCCAAUGCACAUUCAGAAUUCGGCGUUUUUUGAUGCGAUAGCAGGACAAUCUAUAAUGAAUGGUCAUAGUUCAAUGAGUCUUGAAUCUGACUUAUCAACUUUGUCUGGCGGCGACAACGCGUCUAUAAUCUCACAGGAAACCACAAUUGUGCGUGAAGAUAAAACAAACGGCAAGAAGCACACACGUGCUGUAAGUGUCACGCAUUCAAACCACAUACCUCGUUACGAUAAACUACAGACACCGGAAGUAAAAGAGGUGCUUUUGGUGUUUCUAUUUGUGGUAAAAUAUCUCAGCGAGAAUCAAAUUAUCUCCUGGUGGCAGAAAUCUUUAGAUGCUGAUGUUGUGAAUUUUUUCACCACAUUGGAAAUUGCAUUACAUACAUUUAAAUAUGUUGGAAAGCGUAAUAUUAAUUUACUGCCAACACCACGUCACGAGUUUAAACCAAAGUCAACUAAAGCGCACACAUUACCCGCCCGCAUGAACCCUGCCGAGAUGAAUAAUCAUGAAAACACCGGCACUCUAGUGAUACAUACAAGAGAAACCAGAGAAAAUUUAGUCAUCUCUGAAAAUGAGGAGCAUAAAAAGAACCAAGCGAUUUUAGAACAAAGUUUAGCAACUGAAGCCGGUUUGAUUAUCCUAGACCUAAUGGGACUCUACUUUCAACACUUUCGUAGUAAUUUACUGCAAGCCGAGGGGAAUAAUGCGAUUAUGCGCAAGGUGUUUGACAUCUACAUGACUUUCCUGGAACUUGGACAAGGCGAAUCGCUGUACAAGCAUGUUUUUGCCUCGCUGCGUUCAUUUAUCAACAAUUAUUCAUCGGUUUUGUUCCAAGGUAAUGCGAUUCUGUGUGGUCGUUUGUGCUACGAAUUACUGCGAAGCUGCAACAGUCGUCUGGCAUCCGUUCGGCAGGAAUCCUGCGCUGUUUUGUAUCUCCUCAUGCGCUCGAACUUUGAGUUCACCGGACGUAAAGCACUCACGCGCGUGCAUCUGCAAGUUAUCAUUUCUGUCUCGCAAAUCUUGGGCAAUAUUAUCGGUUUGAAUAAUUCGCGCUUUCAAGAGAGUUUGUCUAUUGUGAACAGUUAUGCUACGAGUGAUAAAGCUAUGAAAGGCACGGGAUUUCCUCUGGAAGUAAAAGAUCUUACCAAGCGUAUACGAACUGUUUUGAUGGCGACCGUUCAAAUGAAGGAGCAUCAUAAUGAUCCUGAAAUGUUGGUAGAUUUACAACAUUCACUUGCUAAUUCAUAUGCUUCGACGCCUGAACUUCGUCAUACUUGGUUGGAGAAUAUGACGCGGAAUCACGUUCGUGAUGGUAAUUAUUCAGAAGCUUCUUGGUGCCAAUUGCAUAUUGCUGCGCUGAUGGCUGAAUAUCUCAAACUGAAGAAGAUUCAGGAUUGGGGAGCGGAAGUUUUCGAUAAAAUCUCGUCUAAUAUUAGUCGUGAUGAACGAGGACUUAAGUUGGAUAUUGGCGUACAGGAUGUGCAGUAUUCAGAGUAUACUCUUCUGGAAAAGUUGGAGACUUGUAUUGAUUUCAUUGAUCGAUCUGAGCGGUAUGAAUUGCUUGGAGAGUUAUAUAAGUUGAUUAUUCCUAUGUAUGAAAAGAAGAGAAACUAUCAAAAGUUGCAAGAGUGUUAUACUAAAUUGUCGGUGAAUUACGGUAAAGUUAUUGAAACUAUUCGAUCGUGCAAACGUUUAUUGGGGAGAUUUUAUCGUGUGGGGUUGUAUGGGCAAGCAUUUUUUGAAGAUGACAGUGGUACAGAGUAUAUUUAUAAAGAACCAAAGGUGACUGCUUUGGGUGAGAUUUCAGAGAGAUUACAAAAACAAUAUUGUCUUAAGUUUGGACAAGAAUCUGUUAAAAUGAUACAAGAUUCAAUUCCUAUUGAUGCAACUCAACUAGAUCCUAAGUUUGCUUACAUUCAAGUAACGCAUGUGAUACCGUACUUUGAAAAAUGCGAGCUUGAAGAUCGCCAGACGGAGUUUGAGCAGAAUCAUGACAUUAAUUGUUUUAUGUUUGAGACACCGUUCACCAAAGAAGGUAAAGCACGCGGUAACCCAGAGGAACAAUGGAAGAGACGAACAAUGGUUACAACGGAAUAUUCGUUUCCAUAUGUUACGAAGCGCAUAAAAAUUGUGAGCAAACGUUCAAUUGAAUUAUCACCAAUUGAGGUGGCAAUUGAUGAAAUGCAGCAUCGAGUUAACGAACUGGAAGAUGUUGUGUUUUCGACGCAUACAGAUGCCAAACGAUUACAACUUGUUCUGCAAGGCAGUGUUUAUGUGCAAGUAAAUGCUGGACCAUUAGCAUAUGCCAGUGCUUUUCUUGAUCCAGUACUAAUUCCAAUAUAUCCUGAUGACAAAGUUGAAGAACUUAAAGAUAUUUACAGGGAAUUUAUAAAAAUUUGCUACUCUGCUCUACAACUAAAUAGCAAAAUUAUAUCGCAUGAUCAACGUGAGUACCAAGAGGUUUUGUGCAGCAACUACAAGAAACUAUGCGCCGAGUUGUCGCAUCUUUUCGGUGAGGCAUUAUGGCCGCACGACGAAACGGGCAGCUUUAAACGGAAUAGUAUGUUCAGUCCUGUGAGCGGCGCUUCGCUAAACUCGAGCACAGCGUAAGGAAAAGUAACUAAUACGUAAAGACGAGGUGGCUUUAUACACGUGAAUGAUUUGAUAUUUUAUCGAUGUUGAAAUUGGUUUUGUUUUGAAUUUAUUGAGGUUGAUCAUUAUUAUGAAGUAGGUAAUUUUAUGCUUGAUGUCAUAUAUAUGUACUCUGAGAAGUUUAUUACUCAUUCUUGUCUCGAAAUUAUAUUCGGUGUAGCUAAAAGUCCAUUUUGGAACGUUCUAACCAAAUUUGUGUCAUUUUUAACCUAUAAUGGCAACUUUUGGAUCAAUAUACACAAGUACUAUCACUUUACUCAUGAUCAAAGUACUCGCGAUAAUAAAAGCCUUAUAUAACGGUUUUGAUAUGCACUUAUGAGCUAUAUUGCUCACAAAUCAAACUUUUUACAGGCACCGUUUUUGUAACAAUGUGCGUAUCAUUCAGGUACACAUGAACAACUCGAAUCCAAUGUUUUGAUAAUAUUUACAUGUAGAUUGUCUUUGCAAGACGCUCAAUUUUCUCAUAGAUCACGAAACUAGCGAAUUCUCGAUUCUCGGAUAUUCUGGUACAAAUUCGAAUUGUAAGCGAAUUAAUUUAUAUUCUUUUCAUAAUUUAGGUAAAUCGAAUGUUGUAAUCAACCAACUGUAGGAAAAUUUACUAGCGAACGUAGUAAUUCAUGUUGCGCGUGACGCUUUUUCUAACAAUUUGCAUUUUUUGUAUUUCGAUUUUGGGCUGUGAACAGAAAUCACUUCGCAUACACAACCACAACCUACUUGAUAACAACCAUUGUUUCGAUGUUGUGUUAUUUUCCAGUGCAUGCUACACGCUAGGCCAUGACUCGGUCACUUGAUUUUGGAAGCAAAUUUCUUUAUUUUUUUAUUUGUAGAAAGUAGGCAGGAAGAGGCAGGGAUGUUAAAGCCAAUGUUAUAUUUCUAACAAUAGCGACGCCAUUUGUUGUAUUCGUUUAUUUAUUAAAAACUGUAUUAUCUAUAUACAUAUUAGGUAUUUCGGUACAUUUGUAAAUAUUUAUAUAUUGGAUGCAAUAAAUGUUAAUUUAUAGAA